AUGUUUUGCGCCUCUCAGUUCUCAGUACUGGUUUGUUCCUGCCUGCAGGUGUCGUGGAUCCGGUCGCGGGACCUACACAUCCUGACGUCCGGCGUGCUGACGUACACGUCGGACUCUCGGUUCGAGGUGCUACACGGCUCCGACCCGGACUCGUGGACGCUGCGGCUGGUGGGCGUCCGGCACGAGGACGGCGGCCGCUACGAGUGCCAGGUCAACACCGACCCCAAGCUCAGCCUGCCCGUGAACCUGCACGUCAGAGAACCAAAUCAAAAUCAAGGUGAUUCUCCGUAUUCAUCAGACACUGGAUGGACAUGGAAGCCGGGUACGCACACAGGCGCGGCGGAGUCCCGCAUCCUGGGCCCCACGGAGCAGGUGGUACGCGAGGGCAGCACCGUCACCUUCACCUGCGAGGCGGCCGCCCUCUCCACGUCUUCACCGGGCGCAGCGCCGCUCCACUGGCUGCACGACGGUCGGCUCAUCAGUCUCCAGGCGCAGCGCGGCGGCUUCAGCCUGGAGACGGAGCGCGGCCCGACGCUGGUGACGAGCCGGCUGACGGUGGCCGGUGUCACCGAGGCGGACAGCGGCCGCUACACGUGUCGCCCGCCCGGGGCGCGGCCCGCCACCGUCUCCCUCACCGUCAUGCUGGGUGAGCACACAGAAGCAAUGCAGGGCGCCGGGUCGACGUCAUUCGCUGUCCGGCUGUGGGGGCAGCCGGCGUCUGCGCUUCUCGGCGUCGCCGUUUCCUGCUGGUGGCGCUCCUGGGUGUCAGCCACAGCCUCCUGAGACGUCUAAGUCUGCACCAACGUCCCGUUGAGUCGGCCUGAUACAUACAGUGACUUGGAGUGGAUGCUCGGCGCUGACUUACUGUGAAAGACACUGCUGGUGGAAUAUUUUUGCCAGCUAGCCAACACUGAGCACCGUCUAUGACAGAUCUCUGUCAUGUCCUUUACUUGACUUCUCGCGUGCGACAUGACUGAAACACUAGCAUCUCAGUUCGCUGGUAUAUUUGUUAACUGUCCCACAGCACGUUGAUAACAGUACUUUGUAGAAGUGCAAAGGACUUGCAAUUCUAGAAUGACUGCUACAGAAAUUGUUACUAGCUUUAAGUGCAGACAAGGUUUGCAUAUCGACAGUUAAAAAUGCAUUACGAAAUAUAAACCAACGUAUAUAUGAUCCUUUUCGGAAAUACUUUGCAUUGUGAUGAUUGUUUCACAACUUAUUUCUGUGUAAACAUAUGAAACUAAGGCUUAAAUGAUAAUUGUUGAGUAGGUGUCUAAGAGUACGAUAACGAGAAAAAAGUGAAGGAAGAAAUUCGAUCAUGUUAAAUUAACUUGUCAAGACAACCUUGUGCGUCUAAACAACACAGCUAAGGUGCUAAGGCGAGUGAGGUAUGUCGCGGAAUGGAAGCGUCUUAAUGAUACACAUGCCCUAUUGAAAGACAUUAUGUGCCAUGUAUAUUACAGCUUUUUUGGGACCUUUGUACAAGUAAAUUCCUAGAAAAUUGUAUCAGUGGCGGAAUAUUUUGGCUGCUAGGCAACACUGACUGCCCUAUCUAUUAGCAGACUUCUUUCGCGUUAGUUACUUGCAUUCGUAGUUGAUAAUACCUACAAAUUUAUCCUCGCAGUUCAUUACAGUCUUUAUUAACCAUGGCACAGUAUGUUAAUAACAGUGGUCUGUAAGUGUUACUGCAAAACCGAAUUAUAAUUCUAGAAUUUGAGGAAAUAUGCCAUACUGAAUUGAGAUUAAGAGACCAAUUACGUUCUUUUAUCUUCUAUAGCUUUUUAUGACACAAUCACAUCAUUUAACUGCAGAAUCAGAUGUAAAUAUAAAAUAUGCCGACUGAAAUAUUCGUUUUACGAAUGAAGGCACAUACCAGUAGACAACGUGACGAUUUCACACCUCCUAAAAAUCCUCGAGCUGUAACUACCGUUGCCUUCAGGGUUUCUGAUAACGAAAUGGAAACCGCUUGUAACAUGUGUCUUCAUUUGUGAUUUUAUUCUUUGUUAUCAUUACGUAAAUAGCGAAAUGACUACUAAAGCAGGUGCAUCAAAUAGCUGCUUAUAAUAAGUAGUCUUUAUUUACGACAGACCGUUUCGGCUGUUUGCCAUUUUCAAGUGUGUCUACAUUGAUGUGACGUCGAUAUUAUAUCGUUAGUGGACUGUCAUAACUGUCAUUGUCUGAGUAAGACGGUAAAUGAUGUCCAUAUGUUGAAAAUAAAAUGUUAAUUAUGUGACAGUAGUCUGACAGUUCCAUUCUGGCGACGUUGUAUGUUUUAAUAUAUUGACAUCAUUUACCACCUUAUUCACACAGUGAGAGUUAUAAGACAGUCCACUAACAACAUAAGUGGACGCCACAUCAAUCUAGACGCACUUGAAAAUGCCAAUUAAACCAAAACAGCCCCUCGUAGAUAAAAAUUACUGAUUACAAACACCUAUUUGAUGCAUCUUUUCUAAUAAACAUGUCAUUAUCGCACAUAUAGUACGUUGCUGGCCCAAAAGAAGAAACAUUAAGUAGAUAGUCCAUCACAGAUUUUACAGAUUGUGUAAUCUUUUUUUUUGUUACCUCUUUUUAUCUAUUGACAGUCUGUUGAUGACUACCGGUUGGCCAAAACCUAUUGAAACAAAGUAAUCAUGCAAUUUCGUCAUUAAAAUAUAAAAAAUAAAAGAACAUAACUAUAUAAUGACCAGCCAUGGACUUGCUACAGAAAUAGUUCCUAGCAUUUAUUUUAGAUACAGUCUGCGUAGUGGCAGUGCAGAAGGCGUUACGAAACGGACACGUGUGUUAGAAAGUGUAUCUGAUUGUACUGAAAAUUCCUCUACACUGUGGUGAUCGUUUCGAAACUAAUGUCUGUACACUAAAACUAUCUUGUACAAGUCACUGAUCAUAGACCACUAUUUUUUGGAACAAAACGAGCUGUCCGCUACUGAGACGGUAACAGACAGUACCUACGGCAGAAUUCGGAAUCUGCAAUAAAUUUACCGACUCACAUAAUUCGUAUCAUGUGUGGUAUCUUCAACGAUGCUUUGUGUUAAUGGUAGUCUGGUGAUUUGAAAAGAGUCCAUCAAAUAAGCACUAAGACUGUGCAGAAUUUUUUGCUAUUUGGAGUGUUUAAAAUUUUACUUAGAAUGUUGCCUUUCUAAAUGAGUUUCGCUUCCAAAAUAUUUACGUCGUAGUUUAUUCUUGUUCCAGUUUCCUGAUAUCUAUGACAUGUUCUCAAAAUCAUUACCACAAUACGAGUAGCAUUAUUAUGUGACUACAUAAAUGCACUGCAUUCUGCUAUGAGAGUAAUUCCAAUUAGCAGAUGCUCUAGUUCACAAUCCUAGGCCUUUUAAUUAUUUUGGAAACAUGCAAUUGCUUGCCAAAGUCAUAUUCUGAAAAUAUUAAGUUCUGCAUACAGAUAAGCAAUUUAUCUAACAUACCCUGUUCGUUCAAUAAGUAAGACUACACAUUUUUUCCCCUGAAAGCAGGUAGGUUUUAUUCAGGAUUCCAUAAACCAUACUAUUCACCGCUCUUUCGGCUACAAAAUCCUAUUUUUCAACAUAAUCUCCGUUAAGUGCGACGGUCUUACUCUACAUCAUUGGAGGACCUGUAUGCCCGCGUGUUCCCACUUGUCGGCGUCAGAGCCAGCCUUGCGCUGCAUCAAUAACUGCAUCGAAAAUGGUCACCAUCAGCCUCGUAACGUGCAGGCAUUUCCACACAGAUGAUUCUUCGUUGUUCUUUAUGGUCUUGUGUUAGGCGGCGAGAACCCUUCGGACAUACACGUAUGAGUACCACAAAUGGAGGAUGGGAGUGUAAACACUACCAACAUACACGGCCAGUUCAGCAACGAGGUGUUUGUGAUUCGUCGAUCACCUCGAAUGAGAGUGUCCGCACGCUCCAACAUUGCAGGCGUCACAGCUGUGUGCGGUCGGAGGUCAGGCGGCAGGCUGGAGAGCUUUGCGUGACCUUGUUCCCAGGUGUCCCUAGAUAUUCUGCAAGCGCCUAUGAAUAUCUGCGAUGCUCUAGUUUUUCCGACAAAAGAAACUCAUAGACAGGUCUCUGCUUGGAACGUACAUACGUUACAGACGCCAUUUUGAUAGCUAGGUAUAGCGCUGUCACCUGUCGGAUCUUCAUGAAACUACAGGGCUCAAGCAGGAAUAUUUCCCGAUACCACAGCAAAUUCCGCAUUUUUUCAACCGAAAUUGGCUGAGAAAUAAAACGUUGCAUUACUUAUUGAACGGGCCUCGUAGUUUUUGAGCUGCAGUGUGGCACACUUGCGUUUAAACACAACAGUAGUGAGAACUGAAGUAGAUUCCUUACGAAUUGAAAAGUAUUUCUCUAUCAAAAAUAAGAAACUGUUUUGAGAAUUUUGUUCAAUAGAACGAAAACAACUGUUGAGUCAUUGUGUAACGUUUAGUGCUUUUACAGACUUCCUCGCAUUGUAAGUUCGCAUAUGCCACUAAGGUAUAACUGGAGAUUGUUGUGAAGUAGUUUGUCAGCAUAAUAAAAGAUAAUGCUAAGUGGAGAAAGGAGAUGAUAUUAAAAAGAAUGAAAGAAGACUUUCUAUGAUAUAAAAUAAACAUUUCAACUUAAUCUGUUGGCAUCCAAAUAUUCCGCCUUAGGCGCUACUCUGACAGGGAUAUUUCGUAUUAUCUACGCUUCUUCGAGGUGAACUUUUCUCUCUCUCUUCUGUUUCCCUUUAAAAGACAUUGUCUACCUUCUCUAAGUUACAGUUUUGUUGAGAUGUGUGUGUACCUUUAUACGAGCAAAUUUCUAGAAAGUUGUAUUUUGUAUGACUGUAUUUUCAUAUCUGUAACAGAAAGGAUCAGUACA